AAUAAAAGAAAAUGAGAAAUGUAAAAGACGAAACGGCGCCGUUGCGAUGGUAAUAAUGUGGUCCUGGGAAAGCAUACUGCAUAGUGAUAGUAGCGGCGGGCGAAGGUUUGAUACUGGGAAGAAGAAUGGCAAUGGCAUCAUUGAAGGUAAUGUGUAGGUUUUCGUGUAGGUUACAGAGUGUUAUUGCUCAUAACCAUAACAAGUUCACCAAACCCUCUCUCUCUCCUGUUUCUCUCUCUGCGCCACGCCUUUCUCGCACUUCCCGGUUACCAGUGGAAUUGGGAUGCUUGGAAUCAAUGAUGCCGUUUCAUAGCGUUGUAGCUUCAGCUCGAUUAGUGUCAAGCUUGUCUAUUGAGUCUCUCGGUUGGGGAUUAGUUCCUCAAGGUAUUUCCAUGCCUUUAUGACAGCAUUUGUCUGCAGUUAGUUGCUGCAAGGUAGCAUUUUCAUCGGAUGGCAGGCUCAUGUUGAUGUUUUCAUCAAUUGUAAUCUUGAGACCACUGACAUAGGAUCCUUCAUCUGACAUAUUUGAGGAACAUUCAGUGCAAUUGAUGUUGCUUACAUAAUGUUUGGUUCAUUUUAUCUUCCUAUAUUUCUGGAAUAUCAUUUUUUGGUUUUUCCAGUCUGGAUGAUUUUCUUGUCAACUAAUAAUGCAUUAAAGUGCAUUAUACUGAGGAUUUAAUCCAUUUACUAGUUAACGUUUC